CGAGGCAUUGCGGCCCCUUGAAGCGCCUUCUCAACCGCAGGGGGCAGUGGGAUUGAUAGGGAUGUUUCCAUCAUGGCGGCAUCCAUUUCAGGUUAUACUUUUAGUUCUGUGUGUUACCACAGCGCCAAUAGCAACUCGGAUCAUGAGGGCUUCCUAUUAGGAGAAGUAAGGCAAGAGGAGACCAUCAGCAUCAGUGACACGCAGAUAAGCAGCGCGGAGCUCAUCCAAGUCGUAGAAAUCCAUAACCAUGACCCAUGUGCACGGUUGUUUAGCUUUUAUGACUAUGCUGGCAAAGUCAACGAAGAACAUCUGAACAGCAUUCUAAAAGAUAGGCGAAAACACGUGAUUGGUUGGUACCGGUUUCGGCGGAACACGCAGCAGCAGAUGUCAUUCAGGGAGCAGGUCGUCCACAAGCAGCUAACGCAGCUGCUCGGCGUGCCCGACCUCGUCUUCCUCCUGUUCAGCUUCAUCUCCACGGCCAACAGCUCCACGCACGCGCUGGAGUACGUGCUCUUCCGACCCAACCGCAGGAGGUACAACCAGAGGAUCACCCUCACCAUCCCCAACCUCGGCAACACCAGCCAGCAGGAGUACAAAGUCUCUUCUGUGCCCAACACCUCACUCAACUAUGCCAAGGUCAUCAAAGAACACGGGGCCGAAUUCUUCGACAAAGACGGUGUCAUGAAAGAUAUCCGAACCAUAUUUCAAGUGUACAGUGCACUGCAAGAUAAAGUGCAGGCAGUGUGUGGGGAGGUCGAACAAAGUGAACGUGUGAAGGAGAAAAUUCAAGAUGAUGUGAGCAAGCUGAAAGAACAAAUUUCUCUCAGGAAACGCAAGACGGCGGAAGAGGAGAAGAGGCUCCGUGAAGCCCAGAAUCCAGACUCCACGCCAGAGAAUAACGCAGAACCUUCCGAGACGGCCCUCCUCUCCAGGAUAUCUUUCCAUACGCCCUCUGCGCCCGAGCGGCCCAGCAUCUCACCCAACCCUCCCUCUUACACCGACCUCCUGUCCCACGGUGACUCUCUGCUCCCGUCCUCUUCGCCUCCUCCCACCAGUGCCGCUUUACUUCCCCGCCCUCAAGCCGUGGGAUCGCCAGGACACCCCACGCCGGGUCCGCUGCCCAUGGGCCUCGGCAUGGGCCUGGGCGCCGCCGCCUCCAAUCCCGUCAGCGCGCCCAGCUCGCCGUACCUCGGCAACGGCGACGGAUCGAGCUCGGACUCGUUAGACAGGCAAGCUGCGGGGCAGGAGUUUGACGACGAGGACGAAGAUGAGGACAGUAGCGAGUAUGAGAACCUGGUGAGCGAAGCCCCUCACCUGCCCGUGACCCCCGGCAGCCUUUUAGCUCGAAGUCAGCCGUCCGGCCUUGGCCCCGACGGGGACGCUCGUGGCUCGCAGACCACAUAGAAACACGGCGCCGGGUGUGCGCGCGGGACACUGACGCACCUUCUCAAGCAAUCAUAAAAAGUGCCAGUCCUGAAGUGAAUGGCAUGUGCAGCUGGCAUCCCGCUAUAAUGUAUUUUUUUUGUUUUUAUUGUCUUAUCUCCAUUUUAAGGGGAAACCUCGUCAGCUCACUGGAAGGGGGGUCUUUAUGUUCUGUGUUUCUUUUUUGAAUGGGCGCUGUCUGAGUACUUGAUUUUGGACGUGUCUGGUGUUUAGGGUUAUACACGCAAUGAGGAUGUAACCACUGCCAACCAGCAUGUUCAAAAAAGGGGCAGGUCCUGCUGCUUAUCUUUUUUUCCCACAUUUCACUAACUCUGGCACCCUCUCUUGCAUCAAUUUUGCACUAUUUAUUGCCUUCUUUUAAACAACAACCUCUCAAAGAAAACAAAACAAAAGGGAGAUGAUUAAUCAGCCUUCAAACAUUUUUUUAAGACUAGAAUUGCUUUUACAUGCACAAUUGUAACAUUUGAUUUGGGAUUUGUACUGUAAUGUUUGUUAGCAAUCAAGUACUAAAAUAAUCAUAUAGUAAGUAAAUAACAAAUAGAUCAGCCACAUAUGGGUGCUUUAUAUAUAAAUAUAUUUUCUUUUGGUGAGAGAUUGAUUAGACACGAAUGUCAACAGAAAACACUGAAAUUGUAUAGCGCUUCGCUGCACUUAACAAGAAAAAUGUAUGAUUUUCUUUGUGCUAUACCAAUGAGGUCCUGUCUUGCCACUUGUAUAGUUCUGUCUGACCACUGUUCAGCUUUUGUACGUUGUACAGAGCUUCACAGAGCGCACACACACACACACACACAUAAUGUACUGUAGCUUUACUAACUGGAUGCUUCAGAGGUUCCCUUCUACUGCUGCAACACAGAGAACUCCCACUAAACUUCAUUUAAAAAAAAAAAAACAAUAUCAACAACCUGGCUUCUAUCUUCACUUUGCUCUUCUCCUUGUUUCUCUUAAUGACCAUGGAGUUACAUUCACUUGAAGCUCACUUCUCGCUCACUUGUUCUCGAUCAAAAGUCAUUAAUGGAAGGCUCUUUAACCCUUGUGUGUGAGAGUUUUAACAAUGGUGACAAUCAUGUUGCUUUCCAUUUAUGGCGCAGCAAAACUUAAUGUCUGACUUCCAGCUUUGGUGGUGUUCUAACCUUCUUGGCUGACAAUAACAACCGAAGAACUGCCCCUUCUCCCUGAGGAGUCGCUAAGUACAAGUACAGUAAUGUCGCAACAGAGACUCUGCUGUCUUUGUUGUUAGAAACUGGAAUCCUAACCACAAAGCCACAUGGAACCUGCUCGGUGAUUGCGAGAGACCUAAAAUAAAAGUCACUCGCAUAUGUUUAGGGCAAUAAAGAACCUGCAGGGUGUUCAGUGCGGUCACCAGCAGGUUGUACUCGAUUUGGAACUCAAGUAUUUUGCCUGGAGAACCAGGGCAUCACUUGCAUCACUGAUCAGGAGCUGGCACUGUUUAAAUGUGACUUCAUAAUCGAAAGCUUGUCAUGUACCAAAAUGUGACAUUUGUUGUUCUCUUUUCCCUGGAGACCUGGAGCAUAUGAUGAGAAACUAAAUUAAAUAUUGAAUGUACAGGGGGGUGGGGGGGGGGGGGGAGAGUAACAUUUAGCUGACUUUAGUGCAAGAGUUAGACAAUUGUGCUCGUAACCCUUCUGAUGAUCGCUGUUUCCCCUUUUUAAGGCGAGUUAGAUACAGUGGAACCUCUUGGUUAAUACCUUUGGGAUGCUGGUUGACUUUCGAGUUGCGAUUUCAACACUAUUUCCGCCAUCCAUCCAUUUUCGAUAGCAUUUGUCCUCAUUAGGGUCACGGGUGCGCUGGAGGCUGUCCCAGCUGAAUUUGGGUAAGGGCAAGGUACACCCUGGAAUGGAUGACAACCAAUUAUUUUCCCUAAUGUCAAAUUGUUAACAUGCAAGUUAACCACUGCAAUAAAACUUAAGUAAGACUGCUCACCGUUUAAAGAGUGGGACCAGGAAGGCCUAAUAGGAUGAUUGCCUAAGUAAUUUUUUUAUGUUUUCGGGAAACAAAUUCAACAAACAAUUGAGUCCAGUUGCCUUGAUUCAACCUUUCAGAAUUAACAUGACCUGGAUGACUAAGAAUCGACACGCACAUAAAGAAAAACAACAAUUUUUAGCAAGCACAUUGGUAUCUUUUGAUGAGAUUAUGACCGAAAGUUAAAAAUGAUUUAAGCAAAUUUUGCUCAGGGACUGAAAGUCGGCAAACCCAAUGGUGACCCCUCUCGUGUGUGUUUCUGUCUCAAAUUUCUGUUUUGUUCCUAAAAGGCCACAAGUCACCAAGGAAUAACGUGAACGAUUCCAUCCGCAGCAACCCCGUUGACGAUAGGUUUUCAAGGGGGGGAAACUUACAGCCCCCUGGUUUUUGAGGGGUAUCAACAAAACCUUAGCCACCCCACAGAAUAUUUACUGAUUUUGCUGUAGGACAAAUGAAAUUGUAUCACAGUUUGGACUAUUCCACCAUGUAGGUUCUACUGUAUGAACUUGUUUAUCCUUGCAUAACCUCAACUUGAUGAUUUAAAAAAAAAAUAGCAGGGCUCAGGUUUAUUUUUUUGUUUUGAUUUUUAAGAUGUAACACUAUACAAAUAGACACUCAUGUACUCUUAACUGUAUGGGGUAAUAAUCCCUGUACCCUUCUUAUCUUGAAUGGGAGUGUCACCUCCCCUCCUGAUGCACAAUGCAGAGGUACUUUUUGGGCUUUUAUCUGAAUUUGUGCGCUUGAAAGAAGACAAAAGGCAUCUUUGAAUGAGCACAGUUUGUGUCUUACAUUAGGGGGUUAAUAAAGAGAGACAUGUAUGUAUAUGGA